AUGCCUGAGGAAGUGCCAUCGGUACGCGCAUCGAGGCAAUUGAAGCAUACGUUGAAGAGGACGCUGCUGCGUGUGUCAGAGGAGCAGCUCGAUAAUCAUAAUCAGAUCCGUGGAUUUGAUAAGAGAGGAAAUGGUAGCUGUGCAAAAUUCUCUGUUUUGGGUGUUGAGAAUCCAGAAGGUGGUAUUGUAACAUCUACACCAGCCAUCCCCACAUCCUCCUACUCAAGAAGGUGGGUCGGCUGCUCUUACCGCUAUGGUGCAUCUCGUAUCUAUCAUGUUCAGUGACC